AUGCAAUACAAACCGGCUGCUGAAGCACAACAGGCUAAACCCCCACAAAUUCCAUCUCCUGGCAACAACUCCUUUUUGGGUGACGUUUUCACUUCUGAUGCUCCGAAGGAUAAGCAAAUAUCUGCUGGUUUCUAUAGACAAGAAAAGGGCGAGCCGUUAGUGUACAAGUAUGAUUAUGAUGAAAUGAAAAUCAUCUUGGAGGUUGAGGGAGAAUACACAUUAACUGAUGAAACAGGGCACAAAGUUUCCGUUUCUCCAGGUGACGUCUUCUAUUUUCCGAAAGGUACUACUAUUACUUUUGAAACAACAGGUUACGGAUUGGCAUUCUUUACAGGUUUGAGACCUAAUGGUACUGCUUAA